AUGGCGAUCCAAUCCAUCCGCGCCUCCCAACAUCUUGACUCGAGAGGGAAGCCCACGGUACAACUGGACUUAAAAUCUUCUCACGACAUUUUCCGCGGACCUGUUCCCUCGGGAGCAUCCAAAGGAGACUACAAAGCCGUCGAACUGCGCGAUGGCGAUAUGUCCGUAUUCCACGGGAAUGGAGUGACCAAAGCAUGUGGCAAUGUCAAUCGCGUUCUCCGGCCCAAGAUCACUGAGAGUGGCCUCGAUCCCGCGCACGACCUAAAGAAGAUCGACGAACUCAUGAUCCGACUCGACGGCUCAGCGGACAAGAGCAAACUCGGUGCUAAUGCCAUUCUGGCAAUCAGUAUGGCUGCGGCAAGAGCAGGAGCAGCCGCGCGGGGAGUUCAGCUGUACGAAUUCCUCGCGAGUGAGGGUGGAUACCCGACGAAUGAAUACGUUAUGCUCGUUCCUUUCAUGAACGUCUUGCAUGGCGGCGAUCACAGCGGCAACCCAAUGGCUUUUCAAGAGUUCAUGAUUGCGCCCACGGGGGCGAGCAGCUUCACCGAGGCCGUGCAGUGGAAUGCCGAGACAUACAUGGCGCUGAAAAGUAUCAUUCAGGAGAAGUACGGCAAGGCAGCAUUCGGCGAUGGAGGAGGCUGCGCAGCUCCCAUCGGUCAUCCAGAGGGAGCCUUGGAUCUUCUCGUCGCGGCCAUUGCGAAGGCUGGUCAUGAGGGGAAGAUCAAGAUUGGCAUCGAUCCCGCAUCCCGGUCGUUUUUCAACAAGCCGAAUGUCCUGGAUGCCGCACAGCUGGGAAAGCUAUAUCGUCAACUAUUGGACAAAUGCCCGAUUGUCUUCCUAGAGGAUCCAUUUGGCCAGGACGACUGGGAUGCGUUUUCGAAAUUCAACCAGCCCUGCAAAGUGGAGCUUGUUGGAGAUGAUCUGCUUGCCACAAAUAUCAACAGAGUCAGAAAAGCCGUCCAGAAGAACGCCCUUCACAGCAUGCUUCUAAAAGUGAAUCAGAUAGGGACAGUGACGGCAGCCAUCGCAGCGGCCCAGGAGGCGUACUCUGCAGGCUGGUCUGCCUUCGUGUCACAUCGUUUAGGAGAGACGACUGACGAUUUCAUUGCCGAUCUGACCGUAGGUCUCCGAACAGGGCAUCUAAAGUCUGGUGCGCCUGCCCGCGGAGAGCGCGUGGUCAAAUACAAUCGCUUGAUGGACAUCGAAGACGACUUGCAUCUUCGGAAGAUCUCGAUUCGUUAUGCGGGAGAGUCAUUCCGCUCAGCCCAUCAUUAGCAAAUUGAAAAGUUUUCGAUAGACAUAAACCCGAACAGUGCCGUAAUAUUCGCACACAGAAGUUCCUCACGGUCACAUUGCCC